CGGCAGGCGAGGGAAGGGUAGCUGCUUGGAGCGCGUACUUCCCAGAGCCAUCCAGGAGCGCGCACUCAGCGGCUCUCCGGGUCCCGGCCGCGCUCCGCUGCCCCGCACCUCCUCCUCCUCCUCCUCCUCCUGCUCCUCUCCGGGUACCCCUCGCCCCCUCCCUCCAGCAGCUGCUACGCUCGGGCUGCGGCCGCCCCCAGCCCCUACUCGGCCACAUCCUCAACUCUCUGGGCUCACUCCCGGGACGCGCGUCCUCGCCCCAUCCUUUCUUCCUUCCUUCCUUCCCUCGCGCCCGCCCGCCCUCUCCAGGUCUCUCUCUCGGGUCCCGAUUGUCUCCGUCCCCUUCUCGGUCCGCCGGCGCCUCGCCCUGCCCCGUCUCCCCCUCGCACUUCCUGAGUCGCCCGCCGCCGCUGCCCCGCCGCGCCGCGGAAGCCCGAGCGGAGCCCCAGCCGAGCCGCCGCUGCCCCGGCUCCAGCCCCCGCAGCCCGCGGCGCCCGGGGAAGGGAAGAGUGGGCGAGCGCGCCCUCGCCCAGCCCCGCGCCCCAGCCCUGCCCGGCGAGGGAGGACCGGGAAGAUGAACAACGGCGGCAAAGCCGAGAAGGAGAACACCCCGAACGAGGCCAACCUUCAGGAGGAAGAGGUCCGGACUCUGUUUGUCAGUGGUCUCCCUUUGGAUAUCAAACCUCGGGAGCUGUAUCUGCUCUUCAGACCAUUUAAGGGCUACGAGGGUUCUCUUAUAAAGCUCACAUCUAAGCAGCCCGUAGGUUUUGUCAGUUUUGACAGUCGCUCAGAAGCAGAAGCUGCAAAGAAUGCUUUGAAUGGCAUCCGCUUCGAUCCUGAAAUUCCGCAAACACUACGACUAGAGUUUGCUAAGGCAAACACGAAGAUGGCCAAGAACAAACUAGUAGGGACUCCAAACCCUAGUACUCCUCUGCCCAACACUGUACCUCAGUUCAUUGCCAGAGAGCCAUAUGAGCUCACAGUGCCUGCACUUUACCCCAGUAGCCCUGAAGUGUGGGCCCCGUACCCUCUGUACCCAGCGGAGUUAGCGCCUGCUCUACCUCCUCCUGCUUUCACCUACCCCGCUUCACUGCAUGCCCAGAUGCGCUGGCUCCCUCCCUCCGAGGCUACUUCUCAGGGCUGGAAGUCCCGUCAGUUCUGCUGAAUCCUAUGUUCCAGGUGUGUGAUGGUGGCUGCAAUCUGUCUUGUGGGUAUUAGUGCAUUCUUCAAGUGGCUACUGUUCUCAAGCUGUUCUACAAAACUGGAGCGUGCUGGCUUGAAAAAACCUUGCCCAGUUUUGAUCCCUUCAAGACUUUGCCACAGCCUCUAUCACACAUCUGUUUUUCUCGAAGAAAAAAAUAUAAUAAAAAUGUUUUACUCUUUUACACUGUA